CACUGGCACUAGACUCCUUUAAGAAUCCCACCAAGAGGAACAAUGUUGAUCUUCAAGUCCAUCAUCCUUUCUUGUCUCCUUUUCGGAGCCGUUCAAGGACUUGCUGCUCAACAGAAGGCCACGGAUCCAAAGAACGAUAAGCCAACAAAUCAGCCACAUCUCGCAAAGCGUUCAAUGACAAACAAGGAUCGACCGACCGACCAGCCGCAGCUGGCAAAGCGUACAGUGACGAAGGAUCACGCGAAACUGGCAAGACGUACGAUCGACAAGCCUACCAAGCCGACUAUUCACCCAAGACUGGUAGAGCAUUUGAUGCAUGAGCGUUUCAAUGAAUCUCUUGCUUAAUAAGGGAUAGAUAUUUCUCACAUACUACUUUAGAGGUGUAGGUAGGGAGGGGUAAGGGGAGGAAAGAAAACUCUAGACCUCGGUGCCUAUUACCGAGUUUAGGGUUCGAUACUGUUAGCUCGUCAUAAAGUGGUUAUGAAGUAGUGGGUAGCCUGUGUGAUUCUGGCAAGAAUUAUUAUUCCAUAUUGCAUAUUUGAACACGUCUCUUUUUACAAGGUAGCGGCCUGAUGCCUUGAAUUAGAGGGAAUCCACAAAAUCAGACUUUAUGAAACAUGGCAUC